AUGCUGCGGCUCAAUGGGCCCAGAAUUAGCCGUAGCCCCGCAGGUGGACCACAGAGACCGUCAUGGCCAGUGGGUCGCCUGGCCCUCUCCCUCGCAGCGGUCUGGACAUUGACUUGCGGAGGUGCCUUCACAUCUGGCUUUCGGCGGGCAAGCGACGGCGGAGUCCCCCAGGUGCGGCUCGGCGCUGCAAUUAGCGACACUUUCGACCCAUGGACUGUUCUGGAAAUCUCUCCAGAUGCCGGAGUCGAUGAGGCCCGGAAAGCCUACAGAAAGUUGGCCGCAAAGUAUCACCCAGAUGUGGACUCAUCUCCUGAAGCUACGGACAUGUUUCAGAAAGUGGUCCGCGCUCUCGCUAUCAUCACUGGCGAGGACAAGGAGCUUGAUGAGACCACGCUGCUGACCAAUGCCGCGAACAAUCUGAGAGACAACAUCGAGUUCCAGAAGGAACGCAUUGAGCGGUUGAAGCAGCAGGCAGCUGAAGAAGAGAAGCGGGUCAAGACGAUGGAGGAGCAGCAGAAGAAGGCGGAAGAGAAACGCGACCAGGUAAGCGCAGAGCUUGGCCUCCUGGGUGGAGGGUUGUUGGGGCUCGUGGCUGGUGGACCAACAGGUUUGCUGCUUGGUGCCAUCGCUGGCAUUGCUUUGAGCAAGCGAAACGACAGCCUUGGGAAGGUCAUCCGUGGCACAGGCACUUUCACACGAGGAAUGGUUGAUGCCGUCAACAAAGCUGCCAGCAAUGACGGCUCGGCACCGUAA